AUGACUGCGCCCCGCCUCGGCUCGCAGCCAUCGUCAGUGCCGAUCGCCCUCGAGCGAGAUCAGAGCAGUUCGAAACGUGUGUCGCGCCCGUCACUUGCUUUCCUCGGCCCAGGAGCCAGGACGUACACAGUCGGCACGGCUGCUGCCGGCUGCCCGCAGUGCAGAGGAGUGGAGCGGGAAGCCCGCACACAGGGGCAGUUAGCGCAGUCACACCCGGCAGGCACGGCUGCUGCCGGCUACCCGCAGUGCAGGGGAGUGGAGCGGGUAGCCCGCACACAGGGGCAGUUAGCGCAGUCACACCCGGCAGGCACGGCUGCUGCCGGCUGCCCGCAGUGCAGGGGAGUGGAGCGGGUAGCCCGCACACAGGGGCAGUUAGCGCAGUCACACCCGGCAGGCACGGCUGCUGCCGGCUGCCCGCAGUGCAGGGGAGUGGAGCGGGUAGCCUGCACACAGGGGCAGUUAGCGCAGUCACACCCGGCAGGCACGGCUGCUGCCGGCUGCCCGCAGUGCAGAGGAGUGGAGCGGGAAGCCCGCACACAGGGGCAGUUAGCGCAGUCACACCCGGCAGGCACGGCUGCUGCCGGCUACCAGCAGUGCAGAGGAGUGGAGCGGGAAGCCCGCACACAGGGGCAGUUAGCGCAGUCACACCCGGCAGGCACGGCUGCUGCCGGCUGCCCGCAGUGCAGGGGAGUGGAGCGGGUAGCCCGCACACAGGGGCAGUUAGCGCAGUCACACCCGGCAGGCACGGCUGCUGCCGGCUGCCCGCAGUGCAGAGGAGUGGAGCGGGAAGCCCGCACACAGGGGCAGUUAGCGCAGUCACACCCGGCAGGCACGCCUGCUGCCGGCUACCCGCAGUGCAGGGGAGUGGAGCGGGGAGCCCGCACACAGGGGCAGUUAGCGCAGUCACACCCGGCAGGCACGGCUGCUGCCGGCUGCCCGCAGUGCAGAGGAGUGGAGCGGGAAGCCCGCACACAGACGCAGUUAGCGCAGUCACACCCGGCAGGCACGGCUGCUGCCGGCUGCCCGCAGUGCAGAGGAGUGGAGCGGGUAGCCCGCACACAGGGGCAGUUAGCGCAGUCACACCCGGCAGGCACGGCUGCUGCCGGCUGCCCGCAGUGCAGAGGAGUGGAGCGGGUAGCCCGCACACAGGGGCAGUUAGCGCAGUCACACCCGGCAGGCACGGCUGCUGCCGGCUGCCCGCAGUGCAGAGGAGUGGAGCGGGUAGCCCGCACACAGGGGCAGUUAGCGCAGUCACACCCGGCAGGCACGGCUGCUGCCGGCUGCCCGCAGUGCAGAGGAGUGGAGCGGGUAGCCCGCACACAGGGGCAGUUAGCGCAGUCACACCGGCAGGCACGGCUGCUGCCGGCUGCCCACAGUGCAGAGGAGUGGAGCGGGUAG